CGCGUGGUUUCAUUGGACGUUUUGGCCAUCACAUAGACGGUGAAAACACGAGCAUUGGUUCAAAGCGUUUUCUUACCAAUGUUAUAAACAUGUCCUAUAGUCUGCAAGCAAGGCUUGGUAGAAGCGACCAUACUUUGCUAUAGUCAAGAGAAACGGGGAGCUAGAGCAAUUUAUUAUCAGUUUAGCAUCAACCAGUGUAAAACUUCGGGACCUCACUGGACUAGCAAUUCUGCUGUAUCGCUGGCGGCGAUUCAUGCCGUUUACCUUCACGCGAAAUUGUUUCACAUCUCGGAGCCCAUAAAACGCUGCUCACGCUGUAGUCAAGUUGCUUUUUUUUUUCUUUUGCAUGUGCUCGUUCCCUUCUCAGAAGCCAAUUGAUUGUGUUCCGGCGAUCUGAUGGACGAACAAGCCCAAAUCAUGCAGACUCUCAGCGGUGUGACUCUGGCUGGCCACACGGUGCAGGGGGGCAUGGCAGUUCCGCCUCCACAUGGACACGAUGGCUCCGAAGGGGACGGAAGGAAGCAAGACAUCGGCGACAUUCUCCAUCAAAUCAUGACCAUAACAGACCAAAGUCUGGACGAGGCGCAGGCAAAAAAGCAUGGCCUGAACUGCCACAGAAUGAAGCCUGCCCUCUUCAGUGUACUCUGCGAGAUCAAGGAGAAAACAGGUCUGAGUAUUCGAGGGGCACAGGAAGAGGACCCUCCAGAUCCUCAGCUUAUGCGUCUGGACAAUAUGCUGCUGGCAGAGGGGGUGGCUGGCCCAGAGAAAGGCAGUGGAUCAGCCAGUGUGUCAGCAGUGGCAACAGCAUCAGGAAGCCCUACUGACAACUCUAUUGAACACUCAGACUACAGGGCCAAACUCUCACAGAUCAGACAAAUCUACCAUACAGAACUGGAAAAAUAUGAACAGGCAUGUAAUGAAUUCACGACCCAUGUGAUGAACCUGUUACGGGAGCAGUCACGUACACGGCCCAUCUCACCCAAAGAGAUUGAACGUAUGGUCAGCAUCAUCCAUCGCAAGUUCAGUUCCAUUCAGAUGCAGCUUAAACAAAGCACCUGUGAAGCCGUCAUGAUCCUGAGGUCUCGCUUUCUUGAUGCCAGACGAAAAAGACGUAAUUUCAGCAAGCAGGCCACAGAGAUAUUGAAUGAGUACUUCUACUCCCACCUUAGCAAUCCCUACCCCAGUGAAGAAGCCAAAGAAGAACUGGCUAAAAAGUGCAGCAUUACAGUAUCACAGGGGGUGGGAAGCACCAUCACAGUGGCACAGGUAUCUAACUGGUUUGGCAAUAAGAGGAUCCGUUACAAGAAGAACAUUGGCAAGUUCCAAGAGGAGGCCAAUCUGUAUGCUGCCAAAACUGCUGUGAAUGCAGCACACGCUGUGGCCGCUGCCGUGCAAAACAGUCAGACCAACUCCCCCAUUACACCCAAUUCUGGAUUCCAGAUGAAAGAUGAAGAAUUUCAGCUGGAUUCUGCAGAGAACAAAAACACACUUUUAACCAGCAUGUUUACUGGUUCAUCAGGUUCUUUUAACCUCCCAAAUUCAGGGGACAUGUUCAUGAGCAUGCAGAAUCUGAAUGGGGAUUCUUACCAAGGGGCACAAGUCGGAGCCAAUGUGCAGUCACAGGUGAAUACCCUGCACCAUGCUAUCAAUCAGACGGCAGGAUACAAUAAUGAUCUGGGGGGCAACUCCAUGUACAAUCCACAUGGCUUGAAUGCUAAUAGGGGGUGGCAAGAUUCUAUGACCCCAUCCUCUGUGAUCUCCCCUACGGAAGGCCCUGGUAGUGUGCACUCUGAUACCUCGAACUGAUCUAUGUAUUGACACACUGACCAAUCAAAGACUGAUCAAUCAGAGACACCACAAACUACCAUCUUCAAAAAAUACAUUCAGCAGAACAUUUGAUUUUUUUUAAUUGAAUCUUCUGUACAUUCUUCUGUACUAAUGCAUUCUCAGUUUUUUUUUUGUUUAUUACACAGUCAUUUAUAUUAUUUUCUGUGAAUGUGCAAAUAGAUAUGUUUCAUAUCUCACAUACAUUUGCAAGUACACAUUUUAGCAUUUAGAACAUAGGAACAUGACAGUAAAUAAAUCCCAUUUAUUUUCAAUAGCUAAUAUGUUACUUGGCAUUUUAGAGAAGGAAUGCUUUUCAUUAUAUUCCUUUUUUACUCUAAACUCACUAAAUUAGGUAAUGAACUUGAGUUUGGGGAUAACUUAAAAAUAAUGUAAGUUUGGGAAAAUAUUUUUUCAUCAUGGUGUUUCACAUUCAGUGGUAUAUACCUUUUUAUAUAACACAAAAUACAAGUCUUACAAUUAAUCCAGUAUGUAUGAGAACUCUAUUUUGGCAUGUCUCCAUUCAGAGGCAUAAUGAAAAUCAUUCUUGUAUAUAGCUUAAGAGUAUUUAUAUGUUUCACAAAUCGACACAUGGCUUCAUUAACUCAUACUUAUAGAAUUCCAGCAUUGUUACAUUUCUCUAGAUUAGAGUUCUCUCACUGACUACCUCUCUUACAAUCUUACCACCAUUUUAGCUGUUCCAUAUUGUCAUUUUUUUAUUUAUAUAAGGUUAUUUGGGUGCAUCUUUUAAUACAC